AUGCGCUUCAGCCAGUUGCUCCUCCUGGUGGUCGCCACCUUCGUCGUCUGCUGCAGCCCCGUCACGACUGCUGAGGACGCGGUUCAGAUCAACAACCAAGCGAUCGAGUCCACCCACGAACUCUCUACUGCAUCCCGCCACAAUCUCAAGGGAGCCAAGAGUGUUGCUGACACGGAUGCUGAUAGUGAGGAGAGAGCCAUCACGACCCCAAGCUUCGCCCAGUUCACGGGUGCGCUCAAGCUCCCCAAGUUCAGCGGCUUCUCGAAGCUUCCCGUUAUCAAGCAAGUCAACGCGAUUCGCAAGAAAUUCGGCAAGAAGAUCGCCGACCGCUACAUCCAGCGGAUGAAGAAGCGCUACGAAGACAACCCGCAAAAUCACAUUUAGAAAAGUGAUGCCAGGCGUCAACGCAAUUGUUAGUUAAAAUGAUUGCAGGGCUACAGCGAUAUGCUUACAAAGAACAAGUACUCCGGGGGUAAAACACUUUGUAAUAACCAAGAAGGCGAACUCACCGCUCUACUACUACAAGUCGUAGCACAUGAUCCGACGUACACUUGGAGAAUGAAGCUAUUCGAAAUAAAUAAU